CUUCCCUGAUGAAAAGUCGGAACUGGUCAGAACAGUGUCGAGGAAAACAGGGCGAACUUCAGCAUGAACUGGAUAGAAAGCUGACUUGUUAUUUGACGGGCUACGGAGAGUUUCACUAAUCGCAAUGAUCAUCGACCUUUGACUCCAGUAAAUAGGAGAGUGUGCGAGGGAGAUAGUCAUUUUUAUCAUUCGUGAUAUUUGCAUCAUUUUCUGCGUCACGAAAGACGUCGGAACACAGCAAUGAACCAGCAGAGACCAUGUACCAGUCAGUUUAGACAAACACCUGGAGUUUUAUCGGGGGGAAGUCCUUACGUACCGGCGAUGGGAGUCUCGCAGCCCCCGCCCUUGCCCCCACGACUAAUAACGAGUUCAUACAAUUCUUAUGGAGGGUACAGGCCCGGCUUCAUGGGUGGAUAUGGGGGCUACAAUUCAUACGGUUUUGGAAACAGCCCGGGUUACGGAUCCUACGGGGGAUAUGGACCAUACGGCAGCCCUUACGGAAGCCCUUACGGCAGCUUUGGACGUCCCAGUGGAGACGUGGAGAACAGAUUCAUUCAGUUCGCGGAGGAGAGCACCAGACCCGCAUUCCAAUCCAUUGAAUCAAUUGUGCACACAUUUUCGUCAGUCACUAUGAUGCUGGAGUCGACUUUCUUCGCCAUGACGAGCUCCUUCAAGGCGAUUCUCAGCGUCGCAGAUAAUGUCGGAAGGGUUCGCAACAUGUUUGGACAAUUGCUCAGCACUUUCGCACUCAUUAGGUUUCUCAAGUGGUUGUAUAGGAAAAUUAUGUUUCAAUUAGGUUUAAGACCAGACGAUCCAAACUCCGACGCAGUCUGGCAGAAAACCGUCCUGGAGGUGGCCAACGGUGACAAAACAGGCCUCAGCACAUGGCCAAUCCUCGUAUUCCUGGGCCUCCUCGUGGGAAUUCCCUACCUCGUCCACAAACUAGUGUCACAAAACAUCCCUCAGAACCGCAUAAACGAGAAGGAUCCGAAAGAAUGGUUCAAAUGCAAGGAGCCAGUGUUCUCGGCAACUGCGGCCUACGACUUCACAGCAGCUACCCCCGAAGAGAUGAGCCUAAAAGCUGGACAAAAGGUCUGGCUAGCCCCAGAAUCCCUUCAGCCGAAAAACCUUCCGGGAUGGUGUAAGGCGACUGACAGCGUCAACAUCGGACUCAUCCCCUCGAAUUACGUGACCGUUGUUGGACAAUUGAAGAAAAAAACAGAAGUCGAAACUCCAAAAAUCCCAGAAGUGCCGGAGAAUGUCAAAACGGAUCAGAGCCUCGAUGAAUGCUUCGCGGAUAUUAAUGAGACUGAUGCAACAAUUUCACAACCACUCCCCGAACAAUCUUGAAUUAUUAAUUCAGUAGCGAAGUGGUAAAGCGGUUUAACUCGACUUAUCUCCCAGUUGAGUUUUUGAGGAAUAUUUCGCAA